AGGAUAAUAAGUAUUGGAGUAGAAUUUAGGACCAGUUGCUGUUCUGUCUCAGUUGUGUUACUGAUUACAAAUUGAGUACUUUACAUUGAACGUUAUACGAACAUAUAGUGAAACCAAACAACCGAUGUCACUCUAAGAAUCUCAUUAACUUGAUUGAAUUCGAUUCUCGGAAUGCAGCAAAGUAAACAGACACGAAGCAUGUUUUUAACUCGCGCAUUGGAACGAAUACUUGCUGAUAAAGAGCUCAAGAGAUCUCAGAAUUCACAACUUAAGAAAGCCUGUCGUUUAGCGCUAGAUGAAAUCAAACAAGACCUGGAACAUGAUAGUCCUGGGGAUGGACCGCCCAAGUCUCCUUUCACAAUCAUUGAGGCAGACCGAUAUUUCCUUGUCUUCGAGAUGGCUUGUAAAUCAAAAUCACCCAGUAUUGUCACUGCUGCACUCGAUUGCUUACAGAAAAUGAUUGUAUAUGGGAUUCUAGUGGGUAAUGCACCUGAUUCAUCAGUGCCGGGCAAGCGUUUAAUUGACCGAGUAAUUGAUGCCAUUUGCCAAUGUUUUAAUGGAAUACAAACAGACGAACAUGUUCAAUUACAAAUCAUAAAGGUACUUCUGACAGCAGUUACAAGUAAUAAUUGUGAAAUCCAUGAAGGAACGUUACUUCAAGCAGUGAGAACGUGUUAUAACAUUUAUCUUGCUUCGCGAAACAUGGUGAACCAGACGACAGCGAGGGCGACUCUGACUCAAAUGCUCAACGUAAUCUUCUCAAGAAUGGAAGCACAAGCGGAGUAUGACAAAAGCUUGGCUAAAAAACUUCAAGAAGAGAAAGAGACUGAACAGGAAUUGAACCAGUCAAUACAAGUUCCAAUAAAUGAACAAAAUGGAGAAAUUGUUCAAGAUGAUGCACCAGAAAGUGAUCAACACCACACCAGUAUGAUUGCUGAUCACACAAAUGGUAUUAUGACAUCACAGAAGGGUGAAGAAAAUGGGGCAACUGAGUCUGAGGAUGGAGCAUUCCAAGUUGUGAACGGAGUAGCUGAGUCAUCAGAUGAUUCAGCAAGUUUGGUCGUUGAAGAAAUAGUUUCAAACAUCGUCGAUUUUGUCGUCGCACAAAACGAAGAAGAAGAAGAAGCAGAGUUCGAUCAACUUGCUUCCAUGUCCUCCCGUUUAUCCGUGACAUCAUCGGAUGCAACAAGCUCCUACAAUGAUGAUCUUCUUAAGAGGAGCGUCAACUUUUCGCAUGUUCUGCAAAAAGAUGCUUUCCUUGUGUUUAGGAGUUUCUGCAAGUUGAGCAUGAAGUUAUUAUCAGAUGGCCCACCUGACCCAAAAUCCCAUGAGCUUCGAUCGAAGAUUCUGUCGUUACAUCUUCUCCAUUCAAUCUUACAAUCGGCUGGUCCCGUGUUCAAGGAUAAUGAUAUGUUUAUUAACGCAAUAAAACAAUACCUCUGCGUGGCGUUGAGUAAAAACGGGGUUUCAUCGGUUCCCGAUGUUUUCCAUCUCUCCCUUGAAAUCUUCGUCAAAUUGUUGGAAAAUUUUAAGACUCAUUUGAAAGUGCAGAUACAGGUUUUCUUCAAAGAGAUCUUCCUCAACAUCCUUGAGUCUUCGUCCUCCUCCUUCCAGCAUAAAUGGAUGGUGCUUGAGACUUUGUUGAAGAUCUGCUCGGAUGCUCAAUGCAUGGUGGACAUAUACGUCAACUACGACUGUGACAUAAAUGCAGCUAAUGUUUUCCACCAGCUGGUCACCCUGUUAUGCAAAAUAGCUCAAGUAUCCCAUAAUCACGUCGGCAUAACACCAGCGCAGGAGCACAUGAUGCGGAAGAAAAGUUUGGAAUGUUUGGUGAUGAUCACAAAGUCGAUGGUGGAUUGGAGUUCGGAACUUUACAUUAAUCCCCACUCCAUGUCACAUCUGGGCAAAGAGCAUCUGCCAGAGUCUGGCAACCCCGGCAACCUGUCAAUCACUUCAUCGGUAUCGAACAUGGAUAGCACGCAUUCCCUUAACUCAGAUACUUCGGACCACUUGCUCAACAGCGCUCCUGGUGGAGCAGCUGACAAUCCAGAAACCCUCGAAGUUAUGAAACAGCAAAAGGACAUUUUGGAACAAGGAAUUCUAAUGUUCAACCGGAAGCCAUCUAAAGGCAUUGCAUUCCUACAAGCGCAAGGUAUGAUCGGCAACACUGCAAAUGACGUGGCAGAAUUCCUUCAUUCUGAAACUCGAUUAAACCCGUCAGAAAUCGGCGACUACAUUGGAGAACAUGAUAAAUGGAACAAGGAAGUGAUGUACUCGUACAUCGAUAAUCUCGACUUCUCAUCCUUGGACUUUGUGACAGCGAUCCGGAGGUUCUUGGAAGGAUUCCGUCUUCCAGGGGAAGCUCAGAAGAUUGAUCGCUUGAUGGAGAAGUUCGCGAGUCGAUAUUGUGACUGCAACCCUCAUGGAACAAUAUUUGCAUCAGCCGAUGCCGCGUAUGUCCUCGGUUACAGCGUCAUCAUGCUCACUACUGAUCUACACAGCUCACAGGUAAAGCGAAAGAUGACAAAGGAAGAUUACAUUCGUAUGAACCGAGGAAUCAACGACAGUAAAGAUCUACCAAGUGAAUACCUCGAGAAUAUUUACGAUCAAAUCAAGAAGAAGGAAAUUUCGAUCAAACCGACACGAAGUGACAACAAAGUUUCAACUUUAAAAGGUAUAGCACCAGCAGCACAGAGGUUACGGGAGAUGCAAGACAUGGCGAGCACGGCUAAAGCUUUAAUGGAAGCAGCAAGCCACGUGGAAGCCGAGUUCAUUUGCACCACACAUUAUGAACAUGUUAGACCUAUGUUUAAGUUAUGCUGGCGAUCCCUCAUGGUUGCCUUCUCAAUGGGCCUUCAGGAUUUUGAGGACAAACAAGUUACAAGUCUAUGUUUAGAUGGGAUGAGAUAUGCAGUCCGUGUGGCUUGCAUAUUUGGCCUUUCUUUGGAACGUGAUACUUUCAUUCAAGCUCUUUCAAGGUUUUCUCUCCUUCAAGCCAACGCUGGUAUUCGUGAACUUAAGCUGAAGAAUAUUGAAGCUAUAAAGACUUUGAUAUCGAUAGCUUACACUGAUGGCAACUACCUGCAGGAAUCUUGGCACGAAAUAUUGAAAUGUAUCUCCCACCUCGAGCUGCUGCAGUUAAUUGGAUCUGGUGUGCGAGACCAAGCAACAACAGCCAUGAAAAGAUCGGCUGGUAUAAUGGACAAUAACCCAAUUUUAACAAAAACAUUUGGCAUGGAGCAACGGAAGUUGGCGACCAUCCAGGAGUCGAUGGGUGAAACGAGUUCGCAAAGUUUUGUCGUCGCGGUCGAUCGCAUUUUCACUGGUUCGACGCGCUUGGAUGGAGAUGCUAUCGUUGAUUUUGUUCAAUGGUUGAGCAAAGUGUCGUUGAGCGAGCUAUGCAACCCCUCCCACCCAAGGAUGUUCUCACUUCAAAAGAUCGUUGAAAUCUCUUAUUACAACAUGGGGAGGAUAAGAAUACAAUGGUCAAGAAUAUGGGCUAUUUUGGGCGAGCAUUUCAAUGCAGUUGGCUGUAGCGAUGAUGAGGGUGUAGCUUUCUUUGCCGUUGACAGCUUACGACAAUUGUCAACCAAGUUCCUCGAGAAGGGAGAACUCCCUGGCUUCAGUUUCCAAAAGGAUUUCUUGCGACCAUUUGAGCAUAUCAUGAAACAUAACCCGACCCUAAUGAUACAGGAUAUGGUGGUUCGUUGUAUCGCACAGAUGGUGUCUUCACAGGCGUCCAACAUAAAGUCAGGGUGGAAGAAUAUUUUCACUGUGUUUACGAUCGCUGCUUCACAUCAAGAUGAAAGCAUCGUGGAACUUGCGUUCGAAACAACGGCUAAUAUUAUAAAUGAGACGUUCCAGUUCUACUUCUCCUCCAUUAUCCACUGCUUCCAGGAUGCGGUGUCCGCUCUUCGUGAGUUUUCCUGUUCAGCUUUCCCCGAUACGAGCAUGGAGGCGAUUCGUCUUAUCCGGCAAUGCGCCGAUUAUGUUGCUUUGAAACCUGAGCUUUUUGAGGAUUUAAUCGGGGACGAAGCCCCGGCCUCUCGCACGGGUGAACGGGUAUGGGUUCGAGGGUGGUUCCCCAUAUUAUUUGAGCUGUCGUGCAUCAUCAGUCGAUGCAAGCUCGACGUGCGCACGAGAGGUCUCACAGUGAUGUUCGAGAUCAUGAAAACACACGGACAUACUUUCACGGAGAAUUGGUGGAACGACUUGUUUCAAAUUAUCUUCAGGAUUUUUGACCAGAUGAAAAUACCCGAACAACAAAUUGAGAAAUCAGAUUGGUUUGCGACAACCUGUAACCAUGCGUUGUUCGCUAUAUGUGAUGUUUUCACGCAAUAUUAUGAUAUAUUGGCUCCCACGUUACUACCUGAUGUGUAUAACCAGCUGCUGUGGUGUGUCGAAAAAGAGAAUGAACAAUUAGCACGAUCUGGUGUCAAUUGUUUCGAGAAUCUCAUUCUUUCAAACGGAGAAAAAUUCACGGAUGAAGUUUGGCAGUUAUCGUGUUCAACCAUGCAGAAAGUAUUUAAAAUGGUCUCGCCAAAUAAUAUUUUGGAAUGGAAACAAAAAGAUGGCAGAGAUGAGUUAUUCAAGUUGCAACUAUCAUGCGUAUUGACAUCUGAACUAAUAGAAUGUGUCGACCGUAUUUUAUUUUUCCCCAACACCACAAAGCACGAUGAUGAGGCAAACAUACGAAUCGCUCAGGAUCACACUUGUGACAUCACAACGGAAGUUCGUAAUCCUGACGAGAUGUUUUCACGCUUGAACGAAGAACAACUUCUUGUCAUGGUUCGUUGCCUCCAUGAGUCCCAUGUCCUCGCCAAGCGAUUUAAUUCUGACAACGAACAAAGAACAAACUUGUGGAAAGCAGGUUUUAAAGGUAAAUCGAAACCCAACUUGAUCAAACAAGAAACAACCAGUCUUGCUUGUGCGUUAAGAAUCUUGUUCAGACUCGCUCUUGCUGAAAAUUGUGACGAAAAAAUCACAACUGUUCUUGUCAGGACGUGCCAAAUCGCAUUGAAAUAUUUUGCUCUCAUAACAUCUGAGUCGCAUAGAGAUUCAUGGACACCAAUAUUGUUGAUAAUAUUAACACGCAUGCUAAGGAUGGGAAGAGAUAAGUUCACGUUACUUUCAAGCGACCUCCACACCCCUUUAUGUGACCUUCUGUUGCAUGAAAUCAAACCAGAAGUUCGUUUUCUGCUUCGAAGAUAUUUCGUCCGAUGCAAUGAACAAUCAAAGUGAAAUAUUUAACAACCUUCUGGUCCCUAUCGAGCGGUAGCAUUCCGUGUGUAUAUAAAAACAAAAAUUGUUGAAAGAACGAAAAACAAAGAUUCGUCAAAAAACGAAGAUUCGCCAAAAACGAAGAUCAUUAAAAAACGAAAAAUUGUUUUUUGUAGCAGCCAUAGAGGUCCUAUUUUUCUUUUUAUUUUCACUUGGCUUGGUGAAGAAAUCUCAACGAAUCAUGAUGGAAAACAUCCCGCUCUAAAAAGAAUACAAGAAAUUUUGUAUUUUUUCCAUAAAAAGUGACCGAUUUCACCUAAAUUUGUUAAACUAACUGUUGUGUUAAAAGCUAUGCACUGUGUCUUAUGGAUAAACUGAAUACAAAGAAUGUUUUGAGCCAGGAAACCUAACACGAGUGCAAUGAACUACAAUGCAGUUCGUCGUAGAAUUGUAAUUUCACAAACUUUGUCAUUUCGUGUCCGUUAUUUUAUAUUAUUUUAGCUUCUUUCGCGACCAAUAUAUCUAUCUAUACUUACUACUAUUGCUAUUAUAUAACAUUUUCGCCUAUUUACAUUUCAACUAGUAAUGGCUGGUUUGUUAAUUCUGUCUCACCAGCCAAAUAUAUGCAGCCACUAUAUAUUCAUAGUAGCUUAGUAAUUCAAAUGUAAGUAGGUACAAUUUGUGUUCGGUGUGUCGUAACAUUGAAAAUAUACAGUAAUUAAAUAUUGAACCUUUAAAA